UCCGCUUUUCUCUCCAGCCAGGCAUGGCGUUCGUUUCUCCUCUCCAUCCAUCAACAGUAAUGGAGGUUUUGUGAAGAAAGCGAGGAUUGCGGAUCUGGGUUUAGGCUUUUGGGCACUUUUUGCCUUCUACCUGUGUUGUUGCCGGCGAAUCGAAAAAUGGAUUUGUUUUCUUGAAUCGUUGGGACUGUCCAGACGAGAGGAAGCAAGAAGAUGGAGCUAGUCCUGGUAAAUCCACCCCUUGGCGGAAUUCCCUCCCGCGGGGUAUCGGUUUCUAAGACAUUCGCAUAUCAUCGUCGUUCUAGCAAACGUGGGUUCGUUUGGUGCGGCAAUGUGGGGAGAGCAGUUCCUAGUCAUCGCUUGGUGAAUGCGACGGGCGGAAAACAAGCUGAAUUGCUCGAGAAAGAACUGACUUUCGAGCCGAUGUUUGAUGGAUAUCUCAAGGCCAUGGAGACCCUGAAGGAUGAUUUGGUCCGCAAUUCAUUUGGGCAAAUGGAUUUGAAUGGUUCAAGUAGAAGUCAUAAAGUAAGAAGAAGCAAGCAAUUGAUGAGCAAGAAUUUCAAACCGAGGAGGGAAGGAAGAGGGAUCGAAGAGGUCAGCUCAGAAAGCCCUAAUAUAAGGUUCGUUUCUAGGUCUAGUGUGGAAAGUAGGGCUUCAAUGGAGAAGCAGGCACAUCGAGUUGGUAAAGAAGCUGGUGUUCUGAAACGUAAUUCCUAUAAACGGAGAGGUAAUUACUCAGGGUUGGAAAAGGUUACUGGAAGUACUGGAGUGCCAACCAAAAGUACUGUAGAUUAUGCUCACAAAUUGGGGAAAUCUGAAAACGGAAGAUUGCGUCAUAUGGGUAACUCUGGAAACGUGAGUGUCGUAGACUGGGAGGCAGUGAGCUCGCAAAUAAUUGGGCAUAUGAACCCUGGAGGAGAUACCAAGAAAGAGCGGCAAAUAACUGAAACGCAUUUGAUGAAGCAAGUCUAUGGUCAAGGAAGAACAGCAAGCAAAAGCGGAAUUGGUCACGGUGCUUCAAACAUGACUCUAGGAGGUGAACGGGUGAGGACAAAUCAUGAGAGCAGCCAUAAACAUGAAAUUUUAAGCGAUAUGAUGAAAAUUGGCAGCAAGGAGGAAAAAGUUAAGCCAAAACCCAGUGACGGAGAAAGGCUUGCGAGUGCCAAUAGUUCCAUUCUACGGGAUUCCUAUAUUGAGGCAGAGCAGCACCCUUUGGAACAAAACGCACGGGCGACGGUGUCGAACAGCUGCUAUAACGUGGAAAGAGUGGCGAAUAAAAACUCCAAUCUUCGUGACAGAAUCUGCGGAAGUGAAAUGUCACGAAAUGAAGAGACCAAGAUUCCAGUAAAAGCUCCUAAAAACAUGGUUCCAUAUGACAGCAUGGAUACGGAAAGAGCUGCUUUCAGGACGUUUGAGGUGUUCACUGAUGUCAACAACAAGCCUCGUGUAUUGAGGAUGGAGUUAGAAGAGAAAAUUGAAAAGUUGGCUAAGUGGUUAAAUGGAACCGAUGUCAAUUUGCCUGAAUGGCAAUUCUCUAAGAUGCUUCAUAGUCCGAAGAUCAAGUUUACGGACCACUCUAUUUUGAGAAUUGUGCAAAUAUUGGGUAGACUGGGAAACUGGCGGAGAGCAUUGCAAGUUGUUCAGUGGCUUCACUCUCGUGAACAUUUGCAGUCCUAUAAAAGCAGAUAUAUUUAUACAACUGUCCUUAGUGUGCUUGGGAAGGCAGGAAGGCCUGUGGAGGCACUUAAUGUAUUCCAUUCUAUGCGUAAACAAUUAUCAUCAUAUCCUGACAUGGCAGCAUAUCAUUGCAUAUCUGUCACUCUAGGACAAGCUGGUUAUCUGAAGGAACUUUUUGAUGUUAUUGACUGUAUGCGAUCUGGCCCAGAACAAAAGCAAAAUAAAGAGAUAUUGGAGAAGUGGGAUCCCUGCCUCGAGCCUGAUCUUGUCGUUUAUAAUGCUGUUCUAAAUGCAUGUGUUCGGAGGAAGAACUGGGAAGGUGCAUUCUGGGUGUUGCAACAGUUGAAGCAACAGGGAAUGCAACCUUCAAAUACAACAUAUGGUCUUGUGAUGGAGGUCAUGCUUACAUGUGGCAAGUACAAAUUGGUCCACGAAUUUUUCCACAAAGUUGAUAAAUCAUCAGUUCUGAACGCUUUGACAUACAGAGUCCUUGUGAAUACUCUUUGGAAGGAAGGUAAGACGGAAGAGGCUGUACUUGCUGUCCAAGACAUGGAAAGGAGAGGGAUAGUUGGUUCGGCUUCUCUGUAUUAUGAUCUUGCCCGUUGCCUUUGCAGUGCAGGAAGGUGUCAGGAUGCACUAGUUCAGGUUGACAAAAUAUGCAAGGUUGCCAGGAAACCUUUGGUUGUGACUUAUACUGGGCUAAUCAAAGCUUGCUUUGAUUCUGGAAGCAUAGAAAAUGGAAUGUAUGUGUAUAAUCACAUGACAAAAUUCUGCUCCCCCAAUUUGGUUACUUACAACAUGAUGCUGAAGGCAUAUGUAGGCCAUAGAAUGUUUAAUGAUGCAAAAGGUCUGUUUUGGAAGAUCCUGGAGGGUGCUGAAGUUGGCAGUAAAGUGACUGGUUCUGGGCAAAAACUGAUGGCAGAUAGCAUCACUUUCAACACCAUGUUAGAGGCAUGUGCAGCAGAGGAGAAGUGGGAUGAGUUUGAGUGUGUCUAUCAGAGAAUGUUGCAUCAUGGGUACCAGUUUGAUGUGAAAAGGCACCUUCGGCUAGUCUUGGAAGCUUCUAAAGCUGGCAAGGGGCAUGUGGUGGAGACAGCAUAUAGUCAAUUGGUCCAGUCAGGAAGAAUUCCUCCAAUAUCUAUUGUGAAGGAAAGGUUCUGCUACAAAUUGCAGCAAGCAGAUUGUCUUGGUGCUAUUGCUUGUGUUCGUGACUUGGCUGGAUAUUCAGUGGCUUUCUCUAAGAAAGUAUGGUUAGAAUUAUUCAAGAACAACUCGCAACGGUUCCAGAGGGAAACUCUGGUGAGAUUAGUAGACAGCCUAGUUACAGAAGGUGAUCAAGCACAUCAAGCCUUAGAAAGUUCCUGCAGGGAACUCAUUUCUUCUAACGUGACAAUAGAUUCAGUCGUCGAUGUGCCAAUAUAGACAAUAUAUGAUCUCUUUUCACUUAAUUGAUAGUUCUUGUUGUAUAUGGUAGUCCCAGUUUACUAAAACUUCACGGCUUCUACAGGUAAUAACCUGGAGGUAGUUUCAUGUACUAUCUCUGCAUUUGAGAAAGGCGGAUACAUAUCCGCUGCAACCCA